UUUCAAAUAUUUUAAGCAUGGCUUUUUUAAAACAAUUCAAAUUAUUUCUUCAUUCUACGAACAGUACGAACUGCCUUCGAUUUGACACAUCAACAAAAUAUAAUAAAUUGUUUUCAUCUGGAGCUGUUUUUUCAUCUAAUGAAAAUGUAAUUUAUCCAAAUGUUAAAACAUUCAAACACCAACAUAUUACUUUAAUAUCAUUGAAUAGACCAGAUGAUAAGAAUUCAUUAAAUGUGGCAACUUUAAAUGAUUUAAGAAAAGCUAUUACAAAUUUUGAGAAUGAUUCUUCAUCAAAAAUUGGUAUUUUAUAUGGUGAAGGAGGAUCAUUCUGUGCAGGAAUUGACUCUAAUGAAUUUUCCAAGGCGCCACAAAUAUAUGAUGAAUUUUUACAAUCGCAUUGUCAAAAGCCAAUCAUAGCUGCUGUUUCUGGAUUUGCUUAUAAUAUUGGUUUUGAUUUGUGUUUAUGGUGUGAUAUGCGCAUUGUAGAAGAGAAUGCUGUCAUGGCAAUUGAUAGAAAAUUAAAUAUGUCUAAAUCAAAACCAUUUCUUAAGAGGCUUUUAAAAACUAUAGGUUAUUCAAAAACUAUGGAUUUAUUAUUGACUGGCAGAGAUGUAAACUCUAAAGAAGCAUUUGAAAGUGGUCUUGCAAACCGUGUAGUUGCAUGCGGAUCAAGUGUUGGUCAAGCAGUAAAUAUGGCGUUUAAUAUUGGCAAAUUUCCCCAACAAUCAAUUAAUUACGAUAGAAGUGUAAUACAUAAAAUAAUAUCAGAAUAAUAUUGUAAUAUAAAAUUAGUACCAAUCUUACUGUCUUGAAAGGUACGAACAAUGUAUCUUCAUGAAACCACACAUCAUUUUUCAUGUAUAUUAUCAAAAAAAAAAAGAAACAUGAAAACAUGAAAUAGCAAAAACAACUAAGUAUUUUAAAAAUGAUGACCGUUGUAAUGAAUAAAACCUUAUAAAGAGUUGUCAGACUUCAGCAUAAUAUACAACACCCUAUUAAAGUUACCAUUAUUCAUGACAUUUAAGAGAGUUCUUCUAGUUUGAGAUGUUUACUGAGAACUGAAAUAAUGUUUAUUUCCCACUCAUUGUAACACAUGCAAUAUAAUGAAAUAUAAAGUA